CAUCAACCAGGAAGUUGAAGUUUUGACAGAAACAAAUUUUCCAUGUGGACAACAAACUUCAGUGUACUCAAGGUCAAAGAAAUGAAAACACAGAAGAAGAAUCUCACCAAACCCAAAGCUGAGGUGGAACAGCCGUGUUUCAGAUGCAGGAGGAAACACUUCUGUUUCUGAACGUGUCCAGCACAUUUUGCACUCUGCAGCUUAUACUAACUUCCUACAUGAGCAGAUCUGCCUCUCCACUGCUGCGUACUGGAGCUGCAGCUCGGUGUACAGAGCUCAGACCUGCUGCAGAUGGCCGCCACCUUGACCAAAUGAGGAGCGUUCUCAUCCAGCUGAAGCUCAUGGAGUCUCCUCCGCCUGUAUCUACGGCCUCCUGGUCUGAGAACAGCAGCUCGAUUCUCCCGUUCGGCCCGUCGGACGCUCCAGACUCCACAGAGUGGCAGACGAUCUACACCGUCGUCCCUCCCUACAUCUUCAUCCUGUCGCUGCUGGGGCUUCUCCUCAACGGCUUCGUCCUGGCCGUGUUUGCAGCCCAAAAGGACCGCCUGACCGUGGCGGAGAUCUACCUGAGCAACCUGGCGCUGGCCGACUUCCUGCUGCUGUGUGGCCUCCCGUUCUGGGCCAUGUACAUCCUGAACCACUUCAACUGGUCGUACGGAGAUUUUCUGUGCAAACUGGUCAACUCCAAUGUUGUCAUCAAUUUCUACACCAGCAUCUACACCCUGGUCAUGAUUAGCAUCGACCGCUACCUGGCGCUGGUGAAAACCAUGAUGGCGCGGUGGCAGAGACGGACGCGGUAUGCUAAGAUAACCUGCUUCGCUCUGUGGAUGUUUGGGCUGCUUCUCGGUGUGCCAACCAUAGUUCACAGAAAGGUCAAGUUUCUUGAGCAGUACAAUACCACUUCCUGCAUUCUAGAUUACACCCAUGGAAGUUCUUGGAAGCUUGCCCAUCAGAUCAUGAUGAAUGUCUUAGGCUUCGCGCUUCCUCUCCUUGUUAUUGUUUUGAGCAGCCUGAAUAUAAUCAAGGCUUUGGCUCGGAGGACGGAAAAUCUGGCAUUUCACGACUUUAACGAUACGAAGGCUACGGUGCUGGUCUACGCCGUCACGCUGCUAUUUUUACUGUGCUGGGGCCCCUUCCAGGUCCUCACCUUCCUUGACACGCUGUGUGAUGUGGAAGUGCUGGACAGGAAGCUGUGGUCUCACACUCUCAGCCUGGGCGAUCAGGUUUCCGUGUACCUGGCCUUUCUCAACAGCCUGCUGAACCCGCUGCUCUACGCCUUCUCUGGUCAGUACUUCAGAAGGAAGGUUAAUGCCGUCUGCAGGAGGGCCAGACACCAGCGCAGAGGGUCAGACAUGACCACUUAUCAGCGAUCACUGGUGUCUACGUUUGUCAACAGAACAGAGCAAAUACAGCCGGUGGUCAUCUUUAAUGCUAAAGAUCAAAUAGGACUCUAAUGAUUCCCUCCUCUGCUCUUCCUGCGCUUCAUAUGAUGGCACAGCAUUUAAUUAUGCUCCAACCUGAGUAGGCGGCAUUGGUAGAGGAUGUUAUUCUACUCCUGUCCACUUUCAUGGUGACAGACUCAAUGACAUCUUUGUCCUGAACUGUGAGCCUUUUGUAUCUGCUUUGUUCCUCUAGAGUCUUUUUUACAGGUGAACAUCAGAAAUAAAAAUGAGCAUUCCUUCACCAAGUCCACGUUUUUGGGUACUUGAUGAAUUUCUCAAUCUAUAUUUAAAAAACAAGAUAAAGACAUGUUACCACAUUUAAAACGAACUGCCAAUUUUUGACAGAUAAUCUGAGUUCAUUUACAGGUCUGCAUGUCAGAUCUGUGUUUUUCUAUGUGUUUAUUUUGAGUUUUCUGUGCCGUCCUGUUUUCCCCUUAAUUAUUUCCAGAUGUGUCUCGUUCCCUGAUUACCUCCUGUGUAUUUAAUGUCACCUGUGUCUCUGUGUGUUUUUCCGGCCUCUGUCUAAUGUGUCUCAGUCCUCCGAGUUUCUUAGUGCUACCUCCUCUUUUCCUCCCCCUAGUGGCCCUUCGUUGCCCUUUAGCGUCCCCUCGUCGUCCCCUAGUGCUCCUCCCGAGUCCCAGCCUCCUAGUGCUCCUCCCAAGUCUCCCAGAGACUCCUUGCUCUCGCCUCCUGCGGCCCGGCUCCCGCGCCAACGUCACCCGCCUCCAAGCACCCGGCCCCUCCUGUAUCGCUGCAACCUGGUUCUAUUGUGUCUGCCUCACCACCUCACAUCGCUAUUCAUGACAUUGCAUUUUAAUUGAAAACCUUAUUGACAAAAUAAGCAACAUUUUCGAUUGAAAAACCCAUUUUUGCUGUUAAGUUACUGAAUAAAUAGACAUAUUUUAGCACAACUUGAACACAAAACUGUUUUCCAGCGUCCAAUCAGAUCGGCUUAGAAGCAGAAAUCAACCCUCAGUUGUCUGUCACUAUUGUUAGCGGAUGUUGAUUGUGCGUCAGAUUUAAGAAGGUUAAAGGUCACAGAGGGGCCAAGUGUUCUUUAUCCAGUCCUUGGUUGUCAGAGUCUUACAACUUUUAGAAGUUUAUCUGUCAACACUCUUUAGCUACAUUUACAUCCUCAGGUUAUACAGAAUCAUGACAAUGAUUUGAUUCAGCCGUAUUGAUUUAGGACACAUUGGAAGGUUUUAGGAGCUGGUCCUUGAGGACAGGAGUUGGACAGAGAGACGAAGCAGCUGCCUGGCCCAGAAAGGAGGAACAGUUUCAGGUUACAGUUUCCGUCUGUGUCUGAAGCUCUGAGGAAUUUAAACUGUAGCAGCUUCAUGAACAUCCAAAGAUCCCAGGCUGGGAUUUGAAACCAGGACCUUCCUGCUGCAAGGCAGCACUGAUACUAUUCAGCGCUAAUAUAUAAUUCCACCCUGUUGUUGUAAGUCUACUCUAUUACUUUCUAUGUUUUGUGCUUCCUUCCUCAGAGCUCAGCUUACUUUUCAAGCUCUCUUGUCAUUAAACCGUCAGCCUGAGAGGAAAAAGUGUGAUUGACAUUACGAGCUGACUCCGCCUACUUUAAACUUUCCCAAAUGGAAAAUGAUUAAUACAAUCAUCACAGUGUUGUCAGGAAACGGCUCUUUAUUAAAUAUGUUCAGCAGAAUGGCUUUAAACACCGAUCCAGGCAGAACAGCUUUCAUUUUCCACUAGUGCUGAAGUGCUACCAAGCUAAUUUCUUACAGAAUAUUUAACAGAAACUGUCAGCAGCCAUUCUGACACUCUGAUGAACACACUUCUUUGUGGGGGAAAGUACUGGAGCCGCUUGGUAACGGGUCCAGUUACGGGUCCAGUUGUGGGUUGUUGAGGUUAGCAUGACUGAGGUUCUGUUCAGGAAUGUAGGUAAAGUCUUUUUGUUUCCAUGGUAACGCUGUAGGUCUGACUCAGGAUCAGCUCUGAUAUCAGACAACGCUGCACCAUAAAUAAGUUAACAUCUGUUUUGUUUUUAGAGUUUUAGCAUAAAAAAACAAACUGAGCAGAUUUUUUUUAAAGAACUUUGACAAGAACCAGCAGGACCCUGAAUCUGAAGCAUCAGCACUGGAUCACAUGCUGUAUGCUUCAUGUAGAUCUGCGUUUAGCCAAGUGUUGGAUCACCAUUUGUUUUUUAGCUGAGCAGAAACUCUGCAUUCUACAUUUACAACUCCCGAAACCAAUGCAUUUCAGAUUUUAAUGCUUUUUAAAACAUAUUUUUUCCUGUAAUCUCAUCAUGCCAUUUGGCUGUGAAGGUACAGCAGGCAUCUUUUAUUGCUGAGGACUAAAUUGGAAACAGAACAGUUCUGUUGAGCCCAGAGGUAAUCAGAUAUUCUCUGCUGCUCGUUUAUCUGUUUUUUCCGUCUAUGACAGAUUCAGAAGAAACAUCAGGUCAGUUCUGAUGAAAAUUACAAAGAGAUUGUUUACAGAGAAAGACCAAGAAGGAAGUCAGUGCGAUGUGACCCGUUGAGCCUGUGUUUAGCUGAUAACCGUCUGGGAGAGAUCUGACCGCAGCCAGCAAGCUGAUGCACCAUUAGACAAUCAUAAUUACAUUAUGUUGGAUUCAUGAGGCAUCCUCAGACAAUCAGAGCCACAAAGAGAACGAGUCAUGUGCUGAGUUAUUCCUCUGAGUUAAAUCUGGACUGGCAGGAAGCCGGAGUACCUGCAGAGAACCCAGCAUGCACAGGGAGAACACGCUGCCUCCAUGCAGAACGACUCCCAGCAGGGAUUUGAACCAGCGACCUUCUUGCCGAAAGGCAGCAGUGCUACCAACUGUUGCACUGUGCAGCUGCAGUUUGGAUAAUAUUGUGAUUCUGAUGCGUACGCUGAAAAGACUCGGGUCAACGUGAGCUGAACCUCCAUCAGCUCGAGGUCCAUGGGAAUCUCCAUGGAAACAAACGACAGAACCAGAACCGGGUUGGGUUCAAACAGACUCAGCAUGACUGCAGCGUGCUGACUUCUGCCAACGGAGCCACUGAUUCACCUUCCUCAAAUCAAAGGAUGGAUGUUCCAAAUAUUUUUGACUUUGGACGAUACUUCAUCACAUUCACACACUAUGUAAAUAUGCUGUAAAAAAUUUAAAUUGUUAUUGCUAUAAAGUCUU